CAUCAUUCCACUGAACACAUGGAUCAGAGCCAUACGCCCCGAAAGCCCACUGUGCGCUCCUGCGGGAUUAAUAAUGUGAUUAAAUAUUAAACACUCAGAUUACAGUCUGUUAUUUGUUUGUGAGUCUCUCCUCAGUGCGCGCGUGUGUGUACACGGGAGAGUUUGGGGGAGCUUGAAACCGUCUCCCAUUUCCUCUGCCUUGUUUUGUAUUUUUUUCUCGCGCGCGUUCUCCAUGUUGGAACCCAAACUGAGCGCUUUGUAUUUUCGCUCUUGUCUCGCUGCGGUUCCGCAGGAGCGACUCUGAGCACCGCCGCGCUUCCACUCGGGGGAUUUGUGCGAUCUGGAAGUUUAUGUGGGGGGAGGGUGUGUGUGUGUGUGUGUUUAAUGAAAGUGGGAAACUGGAUGGGAUUAGAUGGAAAGUUCUGUCAUCACACAAGUGCAGAGAGAAGAUCUUCAGCUGCCUUCCAAACCAGGUCAGGUGAAAAAAUCAUCUCUGAAAAAGCCCCGGAGCAGGAAUAUUUUUAAAGCUCUUUUCUGCUGCCUGCACACGCGAGAUGCUGCUCAGACGCCGACGCCGCCGUCCCAUGAUGCCCUGCUUCCCACUGAGGAGAACAGAUCCAUCACGAAGGUGUGUGAGUCGAGUCUGCUGCCGGACGUGACUCCGGAGGACGAGGGGAAAGUCUGUGUGGUGAUUGAUCUGGAUGAGACUCUGGUCCACAGUUCCUUUAAGCCGAUCAGUAACGCUGACUUUAUCGUUCCGGUGGAGAUCGAGGGAACCACACACCAGGUGUACGUCCUCAAGCGGCCACACGUCGAUAAGUUUCUCCAGCGAAUGGGAGAGAUGUUCGAAUGUGUGCUGUUCACUGCCAGUCUCGCUAAAUACGCUGACCCGGUUACAGAUUUACUGGAUCAGUGUGGAGUUUUCCGAACGAGACUUUUCCGUGAGUCGUGUGUUUUCCAUCACGGCUGUUACGUGAAAGAUCUGAGUCGACUCGGCCGGCAGCUCAACAAAACCCUCAUCCUGGACAAUUCUCCUGCGUCAUACAUCUUCCAUCCUGAAAACGCUGUCCCCGUGCUGUCGUGGUUUGAUGACGUGGAGGACACGGAGCUGCUGAAUUUACUGCCCGUGUUUGAGGAACUGAGUGGCGCCGAUGACGUUUACGCCAAACUGCGUCAGCUCCGCGAGCCGUGAUGUUCCUCAGCACACCUCAGGCUCAAUCGCUAAACCUCGCAACCUCGAAACGCCUUUACAACCUCGCACAUGCCUUAAUCUAUCAAACACACACACACACACCGUGCAUCACUGCGUGUGUGUUCUCGUCUUCUGUUUCAGUGUGAUGUUUAAUGAAUAAUGUUUGGAAAACGAUAAAGUUUAGCUCUUAUACUGAAACUUACCUAAAGGAUUUAAUUUUUAUUUAUUUAUUUUUUCUGUUUGGGGGGGAAAUGAAACACUCCGACCAAAAUUAUAAAUCUGAGCACAUAAAGCACAGGAACACACUCUGAGGAACGAUUACACAGCUGUAUUCUGUCUCAGAGUCUGACAACACGAACGAUAAAUAAAAUACACAAUUUUACUGAAAAUUAAAUUUAUACAGAAUCCUCAGAACCUCAACACACACACACACACACACACCAGAGUCAGUCCUGAGGUUUAAUCUUUUUUUUUUUUACACAAAAUUUAUGAACACGCUGAAAUUCUCUUGAAACACUGUUGACUUUAUUUCUCCAAAUUAUUUUUAUUCUUUUCUAUUUUAGAUUUCUUUAGAUCUUUUUUCCGUCCGCGCGCGCGCGCGCGCACAAGCAAUCUGCAGAAAAAUGCAAAAUAAAUCAGUUUGCUUGGUUAUUAUUGCUUUUCAUAAAAGGCUUUUUUUUUAUCAAAUUUAUUUCAGUUUCAACUUAAAGACUAAAAUGUAAAUUCCAGAAACUGAACUGAACACACACUGCCUAUAAACUCCACUAUAAUCAGAUCAUUAGAAUUUAUUUUUUCUUCUUUUUUGGUUCCUUUCUGAACUUUUAUAAAUGCCACCAUUUUCCUUAAAUUAUUCAGAUUUUUGUUCCGUUUUAAACCUGUUUACAUGUUGAUCAGGUUUAGAGUGUGAUUCUCUUCUGCACGGUCAGGAGACGCAGUGUUGCUUUUCAGCACAUGCCUUUAAUAUUAUUCUUUUAAAAAGAUUUUCUAUUUUUAUUUUGGACAAAGCCACAGUUUUAGUUGUUUGUUUAUUCUAUAGAAUUAUUUUUUUAGGUAAUUUGCAUAAACCAAAUUUUGUUUUAAAAAAUCUGAAAUAUCAGCGUUUACCAAAGUUUUUGCAUAUAUAUAUAUAUAUAUAUAUAUAUAUAUAUAUAUAUAUAAUUUUUUUAAUUUUUAUUUUUUAAUUGAAUAAAUGUGUUAAAUGACCUCAGCACUGAACAUGUAAACUACAAACAAUUCACACUGAGAAUUAAAAUGUGCUGAGAAUUCAUUAAAAUAAUUUUUGAUGUGAAGUUCAGGUCUGGAGAUGUGGACCACCAAGAACGUUUCUGCUGGACAGAGGAGAUUUUAUACACUAAGAAAAAAAAGUUUUAUUAAUCCAGAUGUUUUUGUGUUUUCGUGUCUCAUUGCAGGUUUAUAGUCUGAUGCCUGGUGAUUGGACGGAGAUGGGUUUUUUUUUGCUUUAAAAUCAGUCUGAAUUUUUUUUAUUUUUAUUAAAAUCAGUGUCAAUAAGAUUCUUUAUUUCUACUGAACGCUGGGAAAAUCUCAUUUAGCAUUUAAACUGAGACAAACUAAACGCUACACAUAAAGAUGUUUGUUUCAUCCCAAAUAGCCACGAAGCUCAUGUAGCGACCGCGUAACGGAAGUGUACGGCCUUCAGUUUAGCGCAGUGUCACACACUCGAACACUUUCGAAGUCGUUAGAACACUGACUAACUUUAACAUUCCGUUAUUAAACUUUGAUCAGAUUUGUGUACGAGUUCAUCACUUCAGUUCUGGACUUAAAGUUCUGAUUUUCUUCUUUUACUCCACAGUGAAGUUUGCGGUUAACGUCCUGUUUCUGUUUUUAUUAUUAAAAUUGAUAAACAGAUUUUUGAUUGAUUAAUUAUAAAUCAGUGAUUACACACACACACACACACACACACAGGGAGUUCGGUUUAUUUUGGAUGACUGUGUUGAUCAGUGUUCAGUAAUUUUUUAGAUAAAUAUAUAAUAAAACAUUACAGUGCCAUCGCUACAGCAGAUAUUUUUGUCCUGUUAUAGAAACCUGUCACGUGUAAACUGAAUGAAAAAACAAAUGUUUCUGAUCUGCUCAGUGUUCUAAUGCACGCGUGCACACACACACACACACACACACGAUCAUUCAGUGUAACACCUUUUUAUUUGACAGUGAUUUGGGGUUCCUCUGGUCAGAGAGAGAUCUCGGAGAAAAGCGCUGCCAGUUUCAGUCUAUGCAGAUUGUAAAAUGCAAAAAAAAAAAAAGUUUAUGUUGAUUCUGUUGACUGUUUUAUACAUUUUUACUGUUUUACAUAAAAACCUGCUGGAGGUUACACAGUUCUGUUUUUAAAAUAGUUUUUCUUGAUUUAUGAAUUUAGAAAAUUGGCAAUAAAAUUGAUG